AUUAGCAUGAACCAAUAAAGCAUUGACAAAUGAACCUCGACAAUUUAAUAAACGGUCAAACUUCGUUCUGGCGAAGAAUGGCGGCACCUGAAUCGAUCGGCGGCGGAGGGACGGCGAAGGCUACGGUAGCUGAGCAGAUCUCGCAGGCGGUGCAGUCCACUUCCAACCUCCUCCAUCUUAUGCAGCACUCUUCUCCUGCCCAGGCUCAACUGGUUAAGCUUCCUAAGAACCUUUUGGCUAUGGUUCCCACCAUUAAGAAUACAGAGCAGAUUUUGGAGCAGUUACCGAAGGUGAUAUCAUCUCUGGAUGCACACAUGGAAAAUGGGCUACAAAAUGUUCCGCAUCUGAAGACUGUGGUUCAGGUGCUUUCAAAUAUGGAAAGUAGCCAGCUUAGUGCACUAUCACGAACUCAUCCUCUUCAGCAGGAACUUGAACCGGGAAACCAUUCUCAACGGAUCAGUUAAACAAACUUGUAUAGUUUUGGAGUGUCACCUGUAAUCAAUUCAUGCAGAGUUUUUGGAAGGUUUGGAUCUUAGACCUGCUGUGUUUCCUUGCAAUUUUCCUGCACAUCAAAUAACAAAAUGUUCCAUCUUCUGAUAAAGCGUUCAACCAAGAAACCUGUUGAGUACUAAUCACAGUGUCCAAGUUUCUUAUUGGGAAUGUUGUCCAAAGAACUCAAGGUUAGGCUUUUAAUUGCUUGGUGACAAUUGGCUAUCUGUGUCCUGUAAUGUACUUCCGUCCAUUUUAAUCUUAUGUUUUCUUUUCAACUCUGGUGCAUUGCCAAAUGUUAUGUGAAAGUGGUGUAUCUUUUAAGUAAGUCAAUUUUGUUUUACUUGCUACAGAAUGCACCAUUUUCAAAG